AUGGCGGCAGGAGAUCUAUAUUUACCUGAUCGCUGUUGGGAAUGUCUCAUCAAAUUCCUCAACAACCAUGAAGACGACAAAUACAACCGCUACCUCAACUCUCUCUCCCUAGUUUCCAAACAGUUCCUCUCCAUCACCAACCGUCUCCGAUUCUCCGCCGCUAUUGGCUCAAAAAUACUCUCGUUCAUCCAUUUUUUAUUUCAUAGAUUUCCCAAUAUCACAUCCCUCAACUACCACCAAAUUUUAGGCUUUUCUAUCUAA